AUGCUACAACGCGAAAACUCACGUCCUGAAAAAACUAUAGUCCACAAGAUAAAUUGUUCAACCAAUGUUAGUAAAAAGAUGCGCAACAAUGAGGAAGCUGGGCAAUUGAAUGAACGCGGAGCAGUGCUGCCAGAAAUUCCCGUGGUUUCACAUGGAAUAUCAACCAAUGACAUUGAUAUUAUACAUGACGAUGGUGGAAUUUUUCAAUCGAAAACAAAAGCAAGUAGUUGCAUCAUUCGGGAAACUGCUGGAACAAAAAUUGUAUUGAUGGCAAAAAAUCAGAACUCACUUAAUAUUAACACUAACGUCUUGACGACUGUAAAACAAAAACCCAAGAUUAUAUCGCAAGUUAUAAUUCCGCCCUCAAAAUGUACCCCAAAGAUUGUUACCAAUAAUGAAAAUAAAGAAAACUUAUCAUCUCUUAACACUAAAAACUAUGACCGGCUUAAAAGAAAAACGAGAAAAGAGAUUAAAAGAAAAGAUAAGAUGUUAAAAAGAAAAAAAGAAGAAGAUGAAUCAAGCAAUAGUGACAUCGCUAUGAGUGUCCACAGUGAUUCAGAUAUUUGCGACGUUGCUUCUGAAUCAGAUAGCCCGGAUAUGCAAGAUACAGAUUUUAAUAUUAUUAAAUCAAAAUCUAAAGGCUGCAAAAAAAAUGUUAAAGUUAAAAUUGAAAAGACUAAAACUUGCCUUAUCCCAGAUACUAUGUUGCAUUUGAAUAAACCAGUUGCUUUAGAGGCGAAUCAAAAUUUAGAACCACAGUCCUCUUCAAGUUCCAACUUAGAAACUGUUCCCAUUGAUUUAAAAAAAUACGAUUAUGUAUUGACAAAGUCAAUGGAAGUAGAGCUAAUAGAUUGUAAGAAUAUUGUCAAGACUGUAGAAUUAAUGUCGAUCAAUGAAAAUGAGACUGAUUUUGUAUUUCUUGACGACGAUGAUUAUAUAUAUUUUGAUUAA